UAUGUAUAGCUGUGCUUUAUAGAUAGGAAGUCUGUUUUCCUGGAUAAUUCAGUCAUUCUCAACAUUUAUCAGCCUCAGGAAUAUGGAGGCGAACAGUAAGCUACAUUUCGUCAGCUCCCUUGAUGUUCCUCGCUCCUCUAACCGCGUCAUUCUGGAGUAUGUGUUCGCGAAUCACACCAACUACCAGUUCUGGAGUAAAGUACGAGUAGUGGACACCGAACCAAAGACUGUCCAAGAUUGUCCUGUUUGGGAUAAUUAUAUGUGGAACAGCAUCAACCAAGACGAUUCUGAAUUUUUUGACAUGAUAAUGAAGCCAGUAGCCAUGUUUGAAAAUCCCUUCCUGAAAAGUCCCCAUAAGCUGGUUCUCUGUGACAUGUGGCUAACACUGGACACACCUGCAGGAAUAAACACGAGAGUCCAAUGUGUUGAAACAAUGGAGAGACUAAAACAUGACCCAGUGACGGGUCACCGCCCCACACAGCCCCACGACCCGUGGUUUGGUAUAGAACAGGAGUACGUGGUGAUGAGAGAUGACGGAAAGCCAGCCAGCUACGACAACAAUACUUACGACUACUCCUCACUUAUCAUUUACUGCAGUAUUGGACAUGAACACGACAGGAAUGUCGGAAUAGAGAGGGACCUGUCAAUCAAACAUCUACAGGCCUGCAUAUACGCCGGGAUUUACGUCAGUGGAUGUAUACGGGAAAAUGGGCCAUCUCAGUGGGAGUAUCAGGUGGGGCCAUGCCUGGGGGUGACGGUGGGGGACCACCUCCAGAUGUCCCGGUAUAUCCUACUGAGGCUGGCGGAGAUGUACGGUCUGAGGGUCACCCUGAAAGCCGCCCCGGUCAGCGGGGAGGCCUUCUUCUCUGGGGGACAUCUCAACUUCAGCGUCAGGAAAAUGAGGGAAAAAGGCGGAAUCAAAUUUAUACACCAUGCGAUUGAAGUAUUAUCCAAAUCUGAUCCUUUGCCGCUACUACAACUUUACGAUCAAACUCUGGAGAAAGACAACUCGGAGAGACUCGCCAACAAGUCAGGGCACUGGCACCCCCGGCAGGACGACUUCGUGGUGGACGGGGAAAAUAAAGUGUUCACCACGAUCAGAAUCCCGCCCCUGGUGGCGGCCGAGGGGCGGGGCUACAUGGAGGACAGAAGACCCCCCUCCUCUGUGGACCCAUACGCAGCUACUUCCGGACUCGUCCGCGCAUGUAUAUUCGGGGAUUUCUUGAAGCCGGGAAAUGAACAUCUGAAAGAUCUUUCAGUUUGGGAUAAAGAUGCAUCUGAACUGAAUUGAUUCAAUAUUUUGUAGUGAUUGAAUCUUUCCUACUGUAGAGGAAUUCAUAAAGUCUACAAAAAUCACAAGUUCGUAGUAAAAAAAGU